AUGCAACCAGCGAGAAUCGAACUCAAGAGCUCAACGCAAGCCUGGGGCCCCGAUCUUGCGGCUGUUCCUGUCGCAGCCCCGGCAACCAAGGAAGGCAUUGAAGCUUUAGCUGAUGCUAUCACGACAGCGUUCUCAGACGCAUGGCUUGCCCAUUCGACUGAGUCCAAACCUACCAAACGCUCCAAGUCCUGGUGGACGGACGAGUGCUCGGAGACAUUCGGAGUGUAUCAGUUGAGCCGCUCACUCGCUGAUUACAACAAGUUUAAGAAGGCAUGUAAGGACACCAAGCAUGACUUCUUUGAUGAACGUAUCGCAGAAAUCGCCACUUCUCGCAAGCGCCCAUGGGACCUAAUGGAAUGGGUCAAACAGCGCAAGCUACCACCCUGUGAGGCUAUUCACGAUGGCGACCAGCCUUGUGAUGAUAUGGAUGACCUGUGGGACGCCCUUCAUGGCACAUACAAUUCAGCCUCGGGUCGUGAGUAUGAUGCCUCCGUCUUAGACGAGCUUCCUGAUGAACCAGUCCGCGAUUGGGCUGACUUCUCAGAGCAUGAGUUGUUGAGUGCCCUUAAGGGGUGCUCCAACUCCUCUGCACCAGGACCGGAACACGUUACAUGGGUCCACCUAAAGGAGUUGCUCAAGGAUAAACACGUCCUUGUGCUCUUCAUCGUGCUGGCCAACGCUUGCCUUCGGGUGGGUCAUUGGCCACGUAUAUUCAAGGAGUCACUAUCGGUUAUUGUUCUGAAACCAAAUAAGCCCUCCUACACUGUACCGAAGGCCUUCAGGCCGAUCGUACUCCUCAUCACUUUCAGUAAACUUAUCGAAAAGAUGAUUGCUAAUAGGAUACAGUUUGAUGCCGUCAAGCAUGAUAUCUUCCAUCCCAACCAACUUGGCGGUAUUCACCAGAGGUCUACUGAGGACGCUGGAUUGAUUCUAACCCAUCUCGUGCGAGCGGGGUGGGUUAAGGGUCUCCAGACUAGCGCGCUGGCUUUUGACAUCGCGCAGUUCUUCCCUUCUAUCAACCAUGAGAUGUUCAUGGCUGUUCUUCGCAAGCAAGGGUUCUUGCCAGUUCUGGUGGAGUUCUUUGCUUCCUAUCUUGUUGGUCGUUCCACAGUCUACUGCUGGAACACCUUCCAAUCCGACUUGCAGUCUGCAGACGUGGGUGUCGGGCAGGGCUCUGCUCUCUCGCCUGUUAUCUCUGGGCUGUUCAUUGCUCUGGUAAUGAAGCUCUUCUACAUCAAAGCGGUGCCGCUCAACACGACGCUGCUUUCCUUUGUGGAUGACGGGACCAUUCUGGCCCAAUCCAAACACCUCGAUGAUAAUAAUGUGGGCCUGCACGCCUACAAUCCCUCGCUGGAUCUGGGGUACGCCCCGCAUACCGGCGUUACACCUUUGAAGCCCAAGACCUAUUGGAGGUACUUGGGCUUCUACUUUGACCGUGGGCUCACGUUUCAUGAGCAUGUCCGCUACUAUGCCACUAAGGCGUUCACCACCGUGCAGGCCAUGCGCAUGCUCGGGAACUCCACCAGAGGUCUCUCGCCUAAACAGCGCCACCUCUUAUAUAGGUCGUGUGUGGUUCCCAUUGCCACAUAUGGCUAUCGUCUCUGGUAUUUCGAUGGCGCCCGUAAUAAGGGCACGAUGAACCAGUUGAAACGGAUGCAGCGAAAAGCUGCUCUGUGGAUUACUGGUGCCUUUCGCACCUCACCCACAGGCGGUCUUGAGGCCCUCGCUGGCCUCAUCCCCGUUCAUCUCAUGCUGAAGAAGCUGGCAACGCGCGCAGUACACUCACCCCUUCGCUCCAUGAUGGGCGAGGGACUCCUUAAGCGAGCCACACCACAUGCUCGCUCAGCCGCCUUGAUGACCCCAGCCAUGCGGGGGAAAGUCAAGAGCACCAUCAUGGAGGUGGAUGAGUGCGUCCACACCUUAACUGAGAGCUUCGAGCCCUUUGCGCCUGAAGCUCACCCAGGUGAUCGGUUACUGGACCACUAUGCGGACCGUCUCCAUUUUGACGAGCGCGAUCCUGCCCAGGAUAGGCGACCGUAUCUAGACGAGCUCAUCGCGAAAGUGGGGGCCGACCCAUUAACAGUACUGGCUGCAACUGAUUUUCUCCUCAUUUUGAUCAACAAUUUAUAUAGCCGUGCUCGAUGGCAGCCCGCUCGCUAUCUACAAACACGUACACUACGUGGCCUGGGUACUAGGUAA